AUGACGUACAUUAUUGAGAUGUCGAUUCUUGCCUUCAUGUCAAUGUCAGUGGCAGAAGUUGCUGCUGGCUCAUCAUGUCUCCAAGAAUUAGAAAACGAUAUAGCUGCCAUGAAGAGGGAUAUAGAAAAACUCAAUGCAAUAGCUUUCCCCGGGGUUGCAAAAAGUGAGUGUAUUGGCGAAUUCUUGGUGACUAGCGAAACCCACAUGAUUCCUGAUAGCAGCCUGACUGCUUCAACGGUACACUCCGCAGGGCAUGGCACCAGCAAAUUAAGACUUGGAGGAACUGGUUACUGGGCUCCGAAGGUAAAUGAUGAGAACCAGUGGAUUCAGGCUGACUUAGGCGAAGAGAUGCAAGUUUCUGGUGUGGUAACACAAGGCGCAGGUAGACUUCCCGAGUGGUUGAAAUCAUACAAAAUUGCUUACAGCCAACAAGGGACUCAGUUUACUGUAGUUGUCAAGAACGGACAUAAGAUAUUCCGUGGUAAUAAGGAUGCUUCUACACCAGUAUUGAACAUGUUUUCGGCUGUUCGAGCAAGAUACAUACGCAUCAUACCAGUGGUUUGGCAACAACAUAUUGUCUUACGAUUUGAUAUCAUCGGAUGUCACGAUUGAGAAAUAUGAUCAGGAAAUCUACAUUAAACUGAUAUUAAAUAUUAAAUAAUAAUUUGAAAUUUGAGGAUAA